GUAGUGUCGAGUCGUGUAUUGAUUCCAUUUCGCGUCGUCGACAGUUUACAGUGUUUUAGUUCUAGUAAUGCUAAGUGUGUUGUGAAGAUUAAUGUUAUGCACGCAAUGAGUGAUCCUGCGUCCCUCGCCGGAAUGUUACCAUUUGACUCCAUUGGGCUAUAUGAGCAGCCUAAACCGAGGUUUAUAUUUAAGAUGCCGCGAGUGGUUCCCGACCAGAAGGCGAAGUUCGAAUCUGAUGAUCUCUUUAAAAGACUGAGCAGGGAGAGCGAGGUUAGGUACACAGGCUACCGGGACCGACCCCCAGAAGAAAGACAGAUGCGUUUUACCAGCGGCUGCCGUGAGGGUCACACCGAAAUCGCCUUCACUGCUACCGGAACCAACCUCCAACUUGUCUUCGAUCAUUCGCCAUACAACAACCGGGGCUGUGACUUCCAGAAAGAAAACGGCAAAGCCCAUAUCAUAUCCCGGUUCAUAAUGAAUGGAGUGUGCGUGAGAUGGCGUGGAUGGAUCGAUUUGGAGCGUCUGGAUGGUGCAGGGUGUCUUGAACUUGACGAAGAACGCGCAGCCAUUGAAGAUGCAGCCUUGCGUGACCAAAUAGAACGUUAUAAUCAGAGGCUGCGUGACUUUGAAGAUAAACAGCGCGCUUACAGAGAACACGGCGAGGAUAUGCGUGGUCAUUCACAGGUCCAUGGCGUUCAGCGUUGCCACCCGGGAAGGCAACCACCUCACGCACCACAUCCAUCCCAUCCACAUCCCUCACACCCUGUACACAUAAAACCUCACUCUCAGGGUGCUCUCAUAUCGUAAAUUCAUAUUAUUAUUUCUAUUGAAAGCUAUUCAGAUUGUCAAGCAAGCAAUGGAUUCAAACCCAAAUGUACCUUAGAUGAAGAAAGUAUUGCAAUCGUAGUUAUAAGAUUUUUAUAGCGGUAUGAAAGUCUUUUGUAUUUGUAUUCACCAUAAGCGAAAUGUCUCGUAGUAUGGAUAUCAUAUCGUAGCUAAACGUUUUAUCCUACGAAAAUGAAUUUUUUGACUUUAAAAUUUUAGAAUUGCUACAUUUUUGCUCGAUACUUUCUGAAAUUAUAAAAAUUAUUUGUAUGUAUAAAGUGAUAUUACGUUGAUUUAGUUGUGUUAUUUAAUUU